AUGUCGGGGCUGCAGGAGGGUGCAGAGCAGCGGCGCGAGGAGCCGAGCGCGCCGGCCUCGUCGACCUCUCGCUUCGUGCUAGGGUUGGACGUGGGCAGCACGGUGAUCCGCUGCCACGUCUAUGACCGGACGACACGGGUGCGAGGCUCCAGCGCGCAGAAGGUGGAAAAUGUCUACCCUCAGCCUGGCUGGGUUGAAAUUGAUCCUGAUGCUCUCUGGACUCAGUUUGUUGCUGUAAUAAAAGAUGCUGUCAAAGCUGCAGGAGUACAGAUGAAUCAGAUUGUUGGUCUUGGCAUAUCAACGCAGAGAGCCACUUUUAUUACGUGGAACAAGAAAACAGGGCAUCAUUUUCACAACUUCAUUAGCUGGCAAGACCUAAGGGUGGCUGACCUUGUAAAAUCCUGGAAUAAUUCUCUUGUAAUGAAGCUGUUGCGUGGUGCCUGCCAAGUUCUUCACUUUUUCAGUAGAAGUAAAUUGAUGUCAACAGCCAGUCGCUUCAAUUUCACCACCCAGCAUGUCACCUUAAGGCUGAUCUGGAUUUUACAAAACCUAUCUGAGGUGCGAAAGGCCGUAGAAGAAGACAACUGCUGCUUCGGGACUAUUGACACAUGGCUGUUACACAAGCUCACGAAAGGUUCUGCGUUUGCCACGGAUUAUUCAAAUGCCAGUACAACUGGAUUUUUUGAUCCAUUUGGGAUGUGUUGGAGCAAGCUCAUAGCCACCAUAGUUUCCUUACCGCUCUCCAUCCUGCCUCCCGUGAAGGACACAAACCAUAAUUUUGGAUCGGUGGAUGAAGAGAUAUUUGGUGUGCCUAUACCAGUGGUUGCCUUGGUUGGUGACCAGCAGUCGGCCAUGUUUGGAGAGUGCUGCUUCCAGACAGGAGACGUGAAAUUAACCAUGGGCACCGGAACAUUUUUGGAUAUUAAUACAGGAAACAGCCCUCAGCAUGCUAUUGGAGGCUUUUAUCCAUUAAUUGGAUGGAAGAUUGGACAAGAAGUUGUAUGUUUAGCUGAAGGCAAUGCAGGAGACACGGGUACCGCUAUAAUAUGGGCUCAAAAAUUAGAUCUUUUCACAGAUGCCGCUGAGACUGAAAAAAUGGCCCUGAGCCUGGAAGACUCAGAAGGGGUUUAUUUUGUGCCCUCGUUUAAUGGAUUACAGGCCCCAUUGAAUGAUCCCUGUGCAUGUGCCUCUUUUAUGGGUUUGAAACAUUCCACCAGUAAAUACCAUCUUGUCCGAGCGAUACUGGAGUCGAUAGCUUUCAGGAACAAACAGUUAUAUGAUAUGCUGCAGAGGGAAAUCCAGAUCCCAGUCACGAAUAUCCGGGCGGAUGGAGGCGUCUGUAACAAUGCAUUCGUCAUGCAGAUGACUUCAGACUUGAUUAACGCGAGGAUAGACAGACCCGCCCACUUCGACAUGUCCUGCUUGGGCGCGGCCACCCUGGCUGGCCUGGCUGUUGGAUUUUGGGCUGACAAAGAAGAGCUACAGAAGCUGAGGCAGAGUGAAAUGGUAUUCAAGCCCCAGAAGAAGUGGCAGGAAUAUGAAAUGAACAUGGAAAACUGGGUGAAAGCCGUGAAGCGUUCCAUGAAUUGGUAUAACAAGGCGUAGCACUGAGGAGCCAACAGAUCCCCACCAGCAGCCUGGCAAGACACGGGAGAAGUUCAGGGAAUCCCGACAUGAUGGUGGCUGAGAGGAGAUGACUUGAAGAGCAGAGAAAAAGAGUUGCUCUUUUUAAAAACUCACCAAGAAAAUUGUCUUGCUUUUUAAAUCCAAGUCUUAGUGAAAUUUUAAGUCAGCUAUACCUCAAAAUUGUGUCUUCUUUCUUCUAGCAACUUCCAAAGGACUUUUUCCACUCCCAGCUGCACUUUGAUGUUUGAGUCCUCCUCUUUGUAUACAGGGUCAAUUUGCCCUCAGAGAGCUAACCAUUUGGGUCAAGCACCAUCACAUUUUUUUAAAAUAGUAUGAAAAAUUUUUCUUAAAUUUAAAAUCAAGUGGGCUAUUUGAAAUCCAUACAGCUAAAAGGGAGGAAUAACUGAGACAGCAGAAUGUUUUUUGUGUCAAGCCAUAAUUUUUAAGUGUCAUAUCCAACUCUGAGCUCUUUUUGUGCCUCUCUGAGGUGAGCUUGUGAGUCAGUACUUUACUUCUUGUGCGGGAAGAUACUCCCUUAAUUCUCCCUUGCGCGACUCUUGCUGUUAUUACUAAGGUGUGGUAUCACUGUGUAGGCCAGGCUAGUUUGGGACUUAGAUCCUCCUGUCUCGGCCUCACAACUUCUGGGAUUAUAAGCGUGCCCCAUCAUCCUGGCCUGAGCACUCAUCACACGUGAGGACCGGAUGUUAGUGGCCUCAAAAAAGGAUGUUGAGGCUGGGCGUGGUGGCAGAUGGUUGUGAUUCCAGGACUUCAGAGGCUGAAGGCGGUAGAGCAGGAACUUGAAGCCUAUCUGGCCAAUGCUGGGAGUGGAGGCAUCUGGGUGAUUAGUGAGGCCCUGAAUUGAAAAACAAAAGCGAACCUUUUGUUUUAUUUUGUUUGUUUGAGGAAAGACCAGCUGUCCACCUCAUGCUGGUUUCUAACUCUUGA